AUACGGUAGCAGUAGACCAGAUUUUAAGAUUUGCUAAAAUUACCAAAUGUAGAGUUGCGUCUAGAAUAUAUUAAGUAGUCGAUGCGAUUUUAAACCGUUAGAAAAGAAAGCUAACAUUCGAAACAUCCAACGAAUAAAUAAACGCUACAUGUGUUGGUAAUAUUGCGUUUUACAAAUUGGAUUCAUUCUCGCAGUUAACUUCUGGAUUGUAAAAAAGAGGGACGCUGAAUAAUCCGAUGGCCAUGAGGUUAGGUUCUAUGAAUCGGCACCGUACGGUCGUUCCCGUGUCGGAAGACUGUGCAAGGUGAUUGGUAUGAUAUCAUCGUGGGAAUAUUAAUUCGUGAAAAACGAUAUAAAGGAUGGCGAUUAUCGGUUAACGAGUCAUUCGACGUAGAUGGCGUACACUUACAUAUGCGGUUCCUUUACGCGCGAUCAUUCGUUGAUUUCGGCGUAUGGAUUCCAAAACUAAACAUUCGAAAGAAUGGAAUACAAAAGUGUUUAUCCGCGAAAAGCGGAAGGGAAGGAAGUCGCUUCGAACGAGCAGCUAGAGUACUGGAUGACUCGACUUCCGGAAGCUUUGAAGGAUGUACCCAUAAUACACCUGGCGAUACCCGGUUCCCACGAUACGAUGACUUACACCAUAAAUCGACGUAAUGACGUGGGUCCCGACGAGCCAAAGUACAUCAGGGCUCUCGGCCGUUACUGCUCGCUCCUCUCAAAACCCAUUAUUUUUAAUUGGUCUAUUACCCAACACGACGUUAUCAAGGAUCAGCUGAACGGUGGUAUCCGAUAUCUAGACUUACGCGUAGCCACAAAACCAACGAACGGGGAUAUUUAUUUCCUCCACGGUUUGUACGGAUCGACGAUCUAUCAACCGUUGCAGGAAGUAGCAGAAUGGUUAACCUCGCACAGCAAUGAAAUCGUAGUCUUAGAUUUUCAACACUUUUAUUCGUUCUCAGAAACGGACCAUCGACAUCUGGUAGACACAAUUUUCCGUAUAUUUCAGAGAAGUCUGUGCCCGAUAGCUUCUAGCUUCGAUCAUAUAACGCUGCGCCGGCUUAAUCUAGAAAAGUAUCAAGUGAUCGUUAUUUACAGAAACGCUUACGCAAAAAAUUACUCGAAUUUGUGGCCAAGCGGUCUGUGGCUUACGCCGUGGCCGAACACCGUUCGCGUCGACGAACUCGUCGAUUUCUUGAACAAGGAAUUGCAAACGCGAAAUCCGAACAUUGGCUUCGUGUCGCAGUGUAUUUUAACUCCAGACGUUCCUUACGUAUUGAAGCACAUAUGCGGAACACUGCAGAGGGAUUUAGUACCAGCAUGUAGAAAAGUAAUUCUUUCUUGGAUAAAUGAGAAACGACCUGGUCGGGGCGGAUUGAACAUUGUUAUAGCUGACUUCGUGUCGGACGAUAACUUUUUAUUUUGUAAGACGGUCAUCGAAUGUAAUAAAAAAUUCUUCAAUUCACAAUAUACCACAUGAAAAAAAAAGUAUUCGUACAGGGGGCAAAUGUAAAAAGAAGUUUAUGUAACCCCGUUUAUUAGUAAACGUUCUUAAACAAAUUUAUUAAUAAACUUGGUCACGUCAAGUUCUUCUCUCUCGAAUUACUCGCUGUACGAGAAUUAACUGUAUAAUGUUCGUAACGUCCGAUGCAAGCUGAUUGUGAUAAAUUAGUUUUUAAAUAUUAUUUUAGUACGCACUUUCAAUGCAAAAGCACAUUAAGUAUUCUAAGAGAAACGUCUCUUUAUAAUUGUAACAAAGAACAUAAUAAAUCUGUGAAAUAUACUCGAGUAAAAAUCUAUAUUUCGUUCUAACCCCUUUGUAUAAUUCCUAACUUUGGUAACAGUAAUCAUAACGUUAAAUAUCACAGAAUGUCACGUAUUGCUUCUUUGUAGUAUUCAACCUACAUGAAUAUGGCAUUAAAGAAUAAGAUGUAAGAUUUCCAUGCAUCGAAUACUUUCUAGUCUGUAAUGCUAUUAACAUUAGAGUUCCGAAAUUUAAGUAUUUAUGGAGACCUCACGUGAACAAUAUCUAUAGUAUUUGUUGAGUCGUGUCGGUUUUUUUGAUUGUUUACUUGGACACGAUGCUGUGUCUGAGUGUAUUGAUGUGGUAUGUACCAAUGCUUUCCAAAAUAGGACAUCUACAAAAGUUGGAAAUUAAGGAAGCUGAGUGAAAAAUGAUAUACGAUUCGAGAGUGUAUUAGUGUGUAUUGUAAUUGCAAGUACAGGUGCUCUGUAUCGACCGAUCAGCGUAUUUUGUUGCUUACAAAAAUUUGUUACCUCAGUGUGGGCGUGAUUAAACUGAUGAGACCUAAAUCUAAGGAUCGAUUGGCUGCAACGGAUAUCUAAUUUGUUCGAAGGAGAAGGAA